AUGUCAAAUUCAGAGUGGGACUCAGUAACCAUUAUUGGCCAAAAAGCCAGAAUCGGCGGCGGCGGCCCCAGAGAAAAUGUGGCAAAGACGCAAUCGCAAUUGAACGCAGCAAGGAGACAAGGUUUAGUGGUUGGAACCGAAAAGAAAUACGGUACAUCCAACACCAAGUCGAACCCCGAAGGUCAAAGAUUAACGAAAUUAGACGCUACUGACGACGUUGUUGCUGUAAAGAAGGUCGACACCAAUGUGGGCAAAGCCAUCUCAAAGGCAAGACAGGAGAAGAAGUUUACCCAAAAGGACUUGGCUACCAAAGUGAAUGAAAAGCCAAAUGUCAUUAACGACUACGAAGCUGGAAGAGCCAUCCCUGACCAACAAGUGUUGGGAAAACUAGAGCGAGCCUUGGGCGUUAAGUUGAGAGGAAAGAACAUCGGGGAGCCCUUGUUUGCAAAGAAGUCAUGA